GAAAAAUUGCACAGAAAGCGAAAUCUCUGCUGUGGUCAAAACCAUAGCAAGCCAGUGCACCAAAGAAAAAAUGAACAUCUCUCUGAGGAACAUCACUGAAUUGCCAGCGCAUCUUUUUAACUCACAAGAAAAGAAUUCUAUUUAUUAUGAUUGUAAAGCGGACCCAUCGAAGCAUCUGAAGGCAUUUUAUUAUCUGACGCAAUGUUCUGAAUCUCUCUACAAUAAGCCGUUCAACUGCUUUCCUCUGAGAAGAACAUUCAUACCUAGUUAUAUGACUAUAGACACAUAUAUUGUAAACACUCAAAUUUCAAGAAACUUUGUCAUUAGCCACUUAGACAAAGAAGUAAUUUAGGGAGCCGUACUGAACAUGAAAUCCAAAGCUAUGAAGCCUCAAGGAGACAAUAAACAAAUGAAGUUUAGAGGUACUAUUUACACAGAUGGUGUUGCCGUAUC